AAAAAAAGAUGCCUGAAGAUAGUAUCAAUUAAAAUGAUGGUAAAGUAUCAGGGUCCAGUUAAACUUUGUUUUGCAGUUCUCUUUAUAAAUUGCUCAUUCUUUUCAUCCUUGUUAGUAGUCUCAGUAUUAUCAUGUCAAACUGCAAGUGUGCCCAAAUUAUCUCAAGAAUCUACUGCAAGGGAUUCUUGCAGCCCCUGUGUAAGCGACCCUAAGGAUCUAAAUAAAUGUGAUUACCACUGGCAUCAAAGACACUUUCACUCAGAUGAAAAUUUUAAUUUUAACCACAAAGAGAACAUUUCAAUAUCAUCAAACAAAUGGAGCUUCUCAGAUAUACUUCACUUCAUUUGCCUGAUUGUUGUCAUGGCAGUAGGUUUGGUUGCUGCUGCUAUCCUUGGUUGCCUGGUUGCUGUGCUUGUGUUUGUUAAAUCUGGCAAAAAAUAUCAACCCAAACCUCAGUUGCCACCAAGACUCAAGGCAUUUAAUAUUCUUGCAAAGCAUGUGAACCUGAAAAAUCCCUUGGAAGACUCCAAUGAACAUUCCCAGCAUCAGUCAUGCUGUUGUGUGCCACGAUGUAUCGGUCAUACCAGCCACAUCAAUGUUGCUCUCCGUCGACUGCUCGACAGAGCCCUCAACUCAGCCAUAUUGCCUUGGUACAGUCAACUAGUGGCUGAUCCAAGCCCUGCUUUGGAUGAAAUCAGAGUUUGCGGAGGAUAUGUUCUGCAGCGUAUCUGCUCAAGAGUGCGCUCCAUGGACGCUGUUGGGUUCCUGACAGGCAGCAUGGCUGUUGAGCUCACUAAGCACUUGCAGAAAAUUCGUCUUGCUCAGACCAUGGGGGAGAAAGCAGGCGAGCGCGGCGUGUUCCACUUGGUGCCGCAGCUGAGCUCACCUGAGCGAGAGCGCAAUUUCCUGCGUCGUCUUUCGGAGUUUCUGCUGCUGCACUCGCUGCCCCCGCCCUACUACGCCUGUGCUCCCCUGCGGUGUGUCCUCAGGGAGGCACUGGCCUGUACUGUGCUGGAGGCGUGCGUGGACAAAGUUUGUUCCCCGGAUUGGAUAAAUCAGCAAAUUGUGCAGCAUCUCAAAGUACCUGCUGCAAAACAAGAGGGUCCGGCGGGCAAGCCUAUCGCCCUAGACGCGGUUGACCAGGCCAGUACUUGCGGCUACCAACACUUCUGUGCGCUGUUGUCUGAGACCGAAUACAAGGACGGGUGUUCCAUCGAAGAGCUGCUGGACGCCAUCCAUCGCUGCUCUGAUGAAGAGAAACUCGAGGCUGCGAGACAAUCGCUGCAGCAGGAACUGCUGUUGUGCUCAACCGCCGCUGCUGAGGCUGCUGGUGCUGAUGCUGAGGGCGCGGCUGACGCUAGCGCUACUGACCUGCGCCCUGCACUGCUUUGUGCUGAUUAUGGGGAGCUGCCAGUGCGCCAGCUGGCGCGGGCGCGGGCGGAGUGCGAGCGUCGGCUGCUGGCUGUCAAGGCGGGACUCGCCGACGCCGACUCUGGCGUUGACCGGUUUCCUGCGGCAUCUUUCAGCAGCGUGCUGGAGUCUAGUCUGUGCCGACGUUACCUGCACGGCUACCUGCAGUCUCUGCAAGCUCCUCUAGCACCUUCAGAACUGUCUGGAUCAUUCCAAUCUGAGGCAAAACAAGAAUUAUUUAAUGGAGAUUAUCCUGAUACACAAUUUUGCCCUAUUGACGGCAGCGAUCAUGAAGUAACGGAUGGGAUUUUAAGUGAAAACGAAGAGGUAUCGGUUGGUACAAGGGUUGUAAACCACAGCAAGGUAUCAAUUGGAGCGAAUGUUAUAAAUGAAAAUAAUGGAGUAUUGGUUGGUGUAAAGGUUCUAAAUGAAAGCAAAGUAGCUCCUUCAGUCGGUUCAGGAUUGGCCAAAAAGUUACAGAAACCGAAGUUAUGCAGUGGAGUUGCCGCUCUCGGUCUUUACUGCUGUUUGUUGGAGCUGCUUGCAGCCCCAGCGCGGUCACGAGAACGUCUACGGCAGCAAAUUUACCACACGUUCUUCAGCAGCGACUGCACGCAUCCUGUGCCAAUAGACGAGGUUGUUCGCAAGUAUAUCUGGCAGCUCGUCUUGGCUGGCACGUCAAAAGUUGCUUCGUCUUCUGUGCCUACGCCUUUGGUCGGAUGUCUUGCUGGGGCCGUUGAAGAAGUGGGCCAGUUUCUACAAACGCGAUACUCAGCUGGUUUCCUCCAUUCCACGCACUUCAGGCAAAUGGUCCAUGAAGUUCAGGCAGUUGGGUACUCUUUCUCCGGCCCUGCGGCUGCGGUUGAACCUCAGUCGUGCUACUUUGACGUACCACCAGGGCUGACGCAGCAGCUACAGCACGCCAUCGCUACUCUAGCUUUGCAUCAAGAAAAAGCAAUGUAUAAAAAUUGGGCCAUCCAGUCUAUUCCGGAAGAUGAGAAAUGCCUUUUGCAGGAGUGCAAGCGUGAGUUGAGGGAAGUCGAAGCUUCAGUCUGUGCAGACGAGGCCCAUUUACGAACUCUUCAACUUUGGCUCGACAACCUCGGCAAGUGGCGCGUGUAUGUGCAGAGCGUCGAGUACACCGACGAUAAGGACAACCCUGAUCUGGUGCUGCUCGUGUCUCUUGAAGACGAGUCUCCAAAUGGGCAAACUUUGCAAAAAGAAAAAUCGCUACAAGCGUCAGCGUUGAUCUGUGAACGACUUAAAUCAAAAACUGUCAUUCCUGACGGUUCUGCUACUGGAGCUGCUGUCGGGAAUCCUAAUUUAUCAGCCACUUUUUUCAUCAGUUCUGCCAUCUCGGAAGUUCUCGUGCCUCAUGCGACAGAUGCUCCGAGUUCUUUUAGCUCGGAUGACAAUAGCUUGCGUGCUGGUCACGACUCCUUUGCUAACACUAAAUUCAAAUCGCGUUCUUUCGAGAAAGACCCUGGGCUUUCUCGGCACACCAGCUACGACUCGAAGGUGUCUGCUUCUGGUGCUUGCAAACCUCAGGGUAUGACUGAGAAGUCUAAAAGUUUGUCUGAGAAACAUCUUGGUUUGCUGAAGGCUGAACAUUGCGCGGACUCGUUGAGGUCGCGUUGCGCAACUACAGGCUCCCUGGAACGCAUCAUCGGCGCGCUCACCAAGUCUUCUUCUGCCGGCGGAAAUUGGGAGAACCACGUGGCUGGCACAACAUCGGCGGGGGAAGACAUGGACGGCUGGGUCGUGGUACGCAGACUCUCUCACUUCACCGAGCUGCACAAGAAGUUAUGUGCUGAGUGGCCGUCCCUGAAGAGCCGCGAGGCGCCAAGUCUGCCGACCAAGUCGCUGUUCAGUAAGUCCAUGAGCUCAGAGCGCGCUUGCUGCGACCGCCUGCGUGCGUCAGCGCAGCGCUACCUCGCCACCCUCACCUGGGGGGCCCUAGAUCCCGCCCCCGCCAGGAGUCUUGCCUUCUACGAGUUCCUGUGUCCCACCCAACGGCUGCUCUAUAAACCGCCCCCACAGACACUCACCAAGAAAUACAAGUUCUCCCUGUCGUCCUUCUUCAAAGGGCGGGAGGGUAAAGGUGAGAGCGAUGAGGAGGAGGUUUGUUCUGCUGCAGAGUCUCUCGGUCGAAGGCUUGCAUCUUUUGUAGAGUCAGAGGCAUCAGCGAUGACUGCAGCGUCUACCUCGGCGGCCGCGUCGCUCACCAGACAAAAAACUGACAACCUGAACACUUCUGAAGGGAUACACUCAGAGGGGAGCAUUUCUCCUGCAUCCUCGAGUCACCUGGACAAAGCAGAAGAUGUUUGUGAGAAAACCGACCUAUCACUUACUUCCUUCAUUGCAAGCAAACUCAAGAAAGACAAGGAAAAGAAUUGCCGUGAACGUCAUCCCUCUGGACCUGAUAAGCGCGAGAAAACUCCGACAAGUGGCGCUAAAGUUUUCAGCGAAGAAGACUCCAAUGUUCGGAACACCGACCCCAGUAUUCGGAAGACCGACCCUAGUCUUCGGAACACAGACCAAGAUCGGCUUCCAGUGCUAGUGACUACCAUACCCGCUGAGUCCCCCGUGGUCCCCGCAAGUGUCACGGGGACAGGGACUGCCUCUGUCCCUGCCCCCGCGGGAAUGGCAUCAGUCGGGGGGAGCGAAGCUAUCGUUGCGGAGCCUCUUUUCGCUCUGCUGGAGGAGCUCUGCGAACUGCGCGGCAGGGGACGAUGGCUGCGAAAAACGCUCGUGUCAUUCGUCCAAAUAACCUACGGCAAAAAUAUUACCAGACAUGUGCGAGAGACCGCGUCGGCGCUGUUGACCGAGGAAAAGAUUGUCAGUUACAUCGAUGCUCUACACUCGCUGUGGUCUGAUGAAACUUCUGCGGCACCUGCGGCUGCAUCAGCUACUCCACCUGCUACUGCAUCUGCUGCUGCAUCUGCUGCUGCAUCUGCUGCUGCAUCUGCUAAUGCAACUGCUGCUACUGCAUCUGCUAAUGCAACUGCUGCUGGCGCUGAAGCUCCACCACAAAGAACACCCAAACAAAUUCUCGAGACUAGACGAGCAGCGCGGGAGGCGGUGCAGCGGGCGCUGCCUGCGCUGCUAGGGACGCUGGUGGGGCAGCAGAACGCGGCACGCGGGGCACAGCGGCUCUUUGUUGUGCUGCAGCACCACGCCCUUAAUAAGAACCUCUUCUAUAAUUUGCUGGAGGAGUUGCUGCAAGAGAUGUUCCCGGACCUGCGCCUGAGGCUUGAAAAAAUUAAAGCUAAAGGCGCUGUGUGAGCCAUCGAAUAGUAAUAAUAGUAAUAUUAAAGGAUGCCCUUCAGCUCGGGAAGCUAUUUCGUCUCUGAAAUUUGUUCAUGGAACAGUGGACUAACGGCCAUUUAUUACUGUGCUACUGGCCUUGUGUGUCGGUCCUUGUACAGUAGUGACGGCCACUGAAACAGGCCAGUAACAACAGCCAUUGGCCUCGUGUAUUGAGUGACUGGCUCCUUCCAAGGCCAGGAGCGCCUACACACUUGUCUACUGAGACGGUAACUUUUGAUGGUUAGCAUUUGAAUUUUGUAGUGGCUGCCACUGUCGAGAGUCUGUAGUGGCUGCCACUGUCCAGAGUCUGUAGUGGCUGCCACUGUCCAGAGUCUGUAGUGGCUGCCACUGUCCAGAAUCUAGUGGCUGUCACCAUCUGCCUUUUGUCCUGAGCAUUUACCGAAGUAUUUAGCAAGUUUUGUUACCUGAAGUGCGGGUAACAAAAAUAUUUUCAGAAAUGAGACGAAAAAAUGCAUUUUAACGAAAAUAAACGUGCAUUUUACUGAUAAAUGCAAAUAUCAGCUCAGCUCCGCAAUGCGCGAAUAAAGAACUAUUUUUGUUGUAAUGAAGCUCCGUCAUUAGAAGUACCUACUGGAAUAUUUUUAUACGAGACAAAUAACCACGGCUUGCAUAUUUUUGAGAACAAUCCCAUUCAUUGGAUUGAGAACAACAUCUUGCAUGAUUUGUUUUCUUUACUCUGUUUUCAUUUUUAAGUGUCAGGGAUCUUAGGAAGUUUAGUAUUCGAAUGCUCAACUAUGUGCGAGAUUCUCUAGCAACGCAUUUAUUUUUACUGGUGGCACUAGUUUCAUUAGUGGUUCUAGUUGUAGCUAAUGGCAUGGCACAAAUUCUACAUUGCAACGAGACUUUCAUUUGGAGAAAAUGGUUCCAAUAGGCCUGACUGAUGGAAGAUGUUGCGAUCAGAAUAAAUUGACGGAAAUUGAGUGUUGCAGUGUAAUGGAUUUCGAUAAUUUCUAAUGAAUUUAGGCUUGCACUAACCAGCUAAUCAUCAGUAUUAGAGUGAUAAGGAUGUAAAGGAACACCUUGUUUCGUACAAAAAGUUCCGGCAAGCUAGAAUAUUUAUUUUUGAUGAUAAUGAAAAGUUUUCAAGAUGGAAU